CUGGAGAUCAGCACACCGAGUGGGGCUUUUCCGAGUUGAUAAACUUUCUCACCUGGAAUUAAAAAACAACACCGGAGGACGAGUUGCAUCUUUUGUGACCAAAACCAGCAGAAAUUAAGGAGAGGCGCAUUUAACAAACCGGGCCGGUGUGAAGACCACAAAUACACAGUGAUGAGUCGCAGUAUUGUGCGCCAGAGUAAGUUCCGGCAUGUUUUUGGUCAAGCUGCGAAGGCAGAGCAGAGUUACGAUGACAUUCGGGUUUCCAAGGUGACGUGGGACAGCUCGUUCUGCGCAGUCAACCCGAAAUUCCUGGCAGUUAUAGUGGAGUCCAGUGGCGGAGGAGCCUUUUUGGUUUUGCCCCUUUCAAAGGUGGGGCGUGUGGAUAAGAACUAUCCCCUGGUGGUGGGACACUCUGGGCCUGUCCUGGACAUUGACUGGUGUCCCCACAAUGAUAACAUCUUGGCAAGCGGCUCUGAAGACACCACUGCCAUGGUAUGGCAGAUCCCAGACCACACUCCGACCCGACCCAUCAGCGAACCCAUUGUGGUGUUGGAGGGCCACUCCAAACGUGUGGGCAUCGUUACCUGGCACCCCACUGCCCGCAACAUCCUUCUGACUGCAGGCAGUGAUAAUCUGAUCAUAAUCUGGAAUGUGGGCACCGGAGAGCCAUUGAUUUCAAUGGAAGAUCACCCAGACCUCAUCUACAACGUCAGCUGGAACCACAACGGAAGCCUGUUUUGCACAACUUGCAAAGACCGCCGUCUUCGUGUUUGUGACCCUCGCAAAAGAGAGGUGGUGGCUGAAAGAUUGGCACCACAUGAAGGCAUCAGGCCCAUGAGAGCCAUCUUCACCAGAGAGGGGAAUAUCUUUACUACAGGCUUUACCAGGAUGAGCCAGAGGGAGCUUGGCCUCUGGGACCCGACGAAUUUUGAGGAACCCAUCGCACUUUUGGAACUGGACACAAGUAAUGGGGUCUUAUUGCCCUUUUAUGAUCCAGACACCAGCUUGGUAUAUUUGUGUGGUAAGGGGGACAGCAGCAUCCGUUAUUUUGAGAUCACAGAUGAGCCACCUUAUGUGCACUACCUCAGCACAUACAGUAGCAAGGAGCCACAGCGAGGCAUGGGCUUCAUGCCCAAGAGAGGAGUUGAUGUUAGCAAGUGUGAAAUUGCCAGAUUAUACAAGCUUCAUGAGAGGAAGUGUGAGCCUAUCAUGAUGACAGUCCCGAGAAAGUCAGAUCUGUUUCAGGAUGACCUCUAUCCGGAUACAGCAGGUUCAGACCCUGCACUAGAGCCUGAAGAAUGGUUGGAGGGGCGAGAUGAAGACCCCAUCCUAGUCUCACUGAAGGAUGGCUACAUUCCUCCGAAGAGCAGAGAGCUAAAGGUGGCCAAGAAGAAUGUUCUGGACACCAGGCCUGCACCUCGCAGGAGCAUGUCGUCUGUCGAUGGAAGCAGCUUGCCACCUCAGUUGUUGGAAAAGCUUAUAGAGGAGAUUCAGAGUCUGAAGGCUGCAGUUCUCUCUCAAGAAAAGCGAAUCUGUGACUUGGAGAAUAAGCUCUCCAAGUACACCAACGGCACUGUCUGAGUGAUUUUCAGUAAAGCACAAUCAGCCCUGUACACACUGCCCAACCACCCCAACUCACCCCUUCAUUUAUAUAUAUAUAUAUGCACAUACAUGUUCGUCAUUACCACAGCAUUCACUCAAGUGCGUUCAUGACUAAACGAAUAGUCAUGAGCAAUAGUUACAUUUAAAAAAAACACAAAAAAAACUUUACUAAUUAAUGCCUGACAUCUCUCCGAAUGCUAUACAGGUGGCACCUUCAAGCCAACUCGCCGCCACCAAUUAUCCAAUCAGAGGCAGCACAAUGCAUAAAAUCAUGCAGAUACAGAUUGGAAAAACAUCACCUGUCCAGUUUCAGUGCCCACUAUAGCCUCAGAUUGCCGUUCUUGGCUGACUGGAGUGGAACCCAGUGUGAUCUGCUGCCCAUGGUUUGACAUAUCCUUACAUGCUUUUCUGGUCACCAUGGUCGUAAGGAGUGGUUAUUUGAGUUACUGUAUACUUUGUCAGUUCCAUCAGAAAUGCCUGCGAAAAAUCACGGACAUAAGAUGGCAAGACAAGGUCUCCAACCUGGAGGUCCUGGAGAGAUGUGAACUGCCCUGCAUAGAAAGUCUGUUAAUUCAGAGCCAGCUGCGUUGGACAGGACGCAUCAUCCGCAUGGAAGACUCCAGGAUACCCAAGAAGAUGUUGUAUGGUCAGCUGAAACAGAGACACCAAAAUCCUGGAAGACCAUACAAACGCUACAAGGGUACCUUGAAGACAAGCCUCAAAGCCUGUGACAUAGACAUUGACUCUUGGGAAUACCAUGCUCUUGACCGCCUGCACCGGAGGCAGUUGUGCUCUACCGGCAUCAGAGCUUUUGAACAAAAAAGAACACUGGCCAUAAAGGAGAAACGAUAGUGGCGCAAGCAAGGCGCACCUCCCACAGACGUCUUCCUCAGCAACACCUGUGGGAAAUCCUGUUUGUCAAGAAUUGGACUCUACUCCCACAUGCGGACGGACUCACAUGAACAAAUAGUCUGAUUGCCUACUCAUCUGUCGGCCCGACAGGAGACUCCAUCAUACUUUCUGUCAGGUUUAACCAGUCUGAACAGUCUCCUCUGAUCUCUCUCAUCCAGAAGAUGUUUCCCAUCCACAGAACUGCUGCUCACUUGAUGGUCCCCCCCCACCGUUCUGUCUAAACUCUCGAGACCGCUGUUCAUGUGAUCAGCAGUUUCUGAAAUACUCAAACUGGUACCAGUGGUCAGUCACUGCGAUUCUGAUGUGUUGAUUUGAACAUUAACCGAACCUCUUGACCUGCAUGAGUUUAUGCGUUGCAUUGCUGCCACAUGGUUGCCUGGUUGGAUAAUUGCAUAAAUGAAUGCGUAUUAAGAUGGCUGCUAAGUAUAUUUAUGCAGGUUUCAAUCAGACAAUAGUCAAAUUCAAACUGGCACGUUCUCUUUAGGAGCCACGGUAUGAAUGCACCAUUGGAUGCCAGGAGUGAACCAUAGGCCUAGACCAGAAUCAGAACAAAACUGGUCACAUAUUAAUUGGAAUUGAAUUGUAUCAUACUGUUUCAUAGCAGAUUCAGUGAUCUUGUUAAUUAUUCUAUCCACGUUCACUGGAUAUGAGCAAUUGCAUGCUCUGAUUAGCUACUCUACUACUAGGAUAUCAGCUCAUAUACCGUGAGUAGAGAAAAACAAAAUGGCGGAGCGCAUCAAGUCAGAUAUAUUACUUUAUCAAGUAUUUAAAAGAAACAGAAAUGGGUAAAAGAAUAUAGGUUUUUUUUCCUCCCCAAUAUCUCCUGUUCCACACUCCAGUCCAGUUGGUGGCGGUAAUGCACCUUUAAGUUGGUUUGCCAACCACCAAAAAACCCUGAAGAAGAAGAAAAUGGUGGCGCGUGUUACCGAACCAACCGGGGACAAAAUAAUAACUACUCGAAAACAAAACCCUCAAAAAUACAAAAAUCAACAAAAUAUGCAAUGAAAGUAUUCGAUGGCAAGAACGUAUCUUUUUAUUUUUAUUUUUCAAUAAUUAUAGUCUCAUUUUUCACAAAUUGCUACUGUCAUUCUAAGCGGAAAUGAUUUUGUCGGACUAUUUGGAUGAAGUUUUUAUCUAUCAAAUUUGCAAAAAAUAAAAAUGCUCUGUUUCUCAAAAUCCAGUGAACGUGGAUAGAAUAAAACGCUCAAUCUCGUCGUACAUGGCUUACAACCGACUCGAUUUCGUGGAAUAACCGUUAAAUAUCGUAUCACUGCAUUAAGAAUCCACAUCAUCUGGAAUCAUGUGUAAGCCUGAGGUUUAGACCCCUAAUAAUCACCCAGCAUCUCCUCUGUGAGGUCUUCUCACUGUGGCUCCUAUGGAAAUGUGCUAAAAUCUGGCCCUUCCAUUUAUCCAGCACCGACACUCCCAUUUAUCCAUGUUUGACCAACAUGAAAGAUCUCAUGCGGCUCUCAAAAUGUAAAUAUUCUUUUAGAAAAUAAAACUAGCAAGAUAUCGAAACCAAAGAACAUAAAAAGUUGAGUUUUGUGUGUUCUAUAAAGUUGUGAGA